AAGGAAUUGUGCAUUAUCAGCAGCUAGAUAGGUAGACUCCAAAUUAGGUAGACGUGCCAAAAGCUACAGAGAGCCUCUAGUAUUGGAGUUCAGCUGAAGGUUGCUCUUGUUGUGUCUAGCUCGAGCCAAUGCCUUGGGUUUUUGAGAAGAGACCCCAAAUGCUCAAAUGUCAACUCCUAUUACCACCUUAUGCAACGCUCACGUGCCAAAAGGUCCAGCAAUACUGAUAGUCGCCUUCUGUUAGUGAAUAUUGUUUUCUUGUCUGAGCUGAACAGUGAUGGUUCAGGCUGCGAGAGGUUUUAAUGGGCAAAAGGGCGCCUGAGGAGGAUGUGGGGGAGUCAGGACAAUACUUUGAGAAAAAGCAAGUGGGUCUCGAAAUGUUUGGAAGGGCACCCGCCAGGCCUGAGGAUCUUCUCAGUUUGUACCAAGCGCUGGAGAAGCGUUGGAGAACGAAUCCCCCCUUCCUCCACCGGACUCUCAGCUACAACCUUGCCCCAGAACUGCCCCCUCCCUCUGUCUCGAUUACACCACCCCUGCAAACCGCUCACCAGCGCCCCAGCCCCCAUCUCAACGCUCCUCAGCUCAACGGCGCGGGUAACUCUCACGUGAAUGCAAACAGUCCUGCGAGAGGGGCAAACGGUGCAGGUCCGAGCGAAGGACACGCGUCUCAUUGCAAUGGGCUGAAUGGGGUCAGCCACCCAGAGCAGCAGUCGACCUUGUGGGAGCUGGAGGUGACUGCCAGCGUGUGGAAUGCUCCCAAGAAUCCCCCGCCCCAGGCCCGCGUCGGAGCAAGGCUGAGUGCUGGGGGGGGCGUGAUGCGUCUUCCCAUCUUCGUUGGAUUCUCUCCAAACCCCCGGAGUCAGGGUGACUCUUUCCGAGUGUUCCCUCUGGACUCCAUGCUCUCGGGUUGCGUGCCAGUGGUGCAGUCGGGGGAGGCGGCCAAGCUGCUGCUCAAGCUGCCCGGCCCCGCGGGCCGAACCCCCCAGGGCAAGAUCCUCUGUAUCGUCUGGGAUGACCCGGACGAUGUUCGUAGAGCGGAGAAAAGGCCACUCCCGGGCCAUGAUGCAGUGUCCCCAGAGCAAGGAGUGCCGCUAGGCGGGACGGCGGUAUGGUGCGAAGCAACCCUCCCCGCAAAAGAAGGGACCCCAUCCUCCGCCAUGCCCGUCCUGCGGCGGUCUAACAUGGUGUGCAACACAAAUGAUGACGACUUCGGAACCCACUGUGUCCAUGUCCAGAUGACGGCAAAUGGGGUCAUCCCUGCGACUUUGCGACUAAAGCUGUGCCUCAGGAAAAGCACAGUCCCAGCCGACACACCUGCCGUCCGAAACGGCCACACGAACGGCCACCCGAAUGGGGCCCCCACCACCCCCCCCUUGCAUCCUCCCAGCCCUUCGCCACGCCAGCCGGAGAAGCAGGUGGCUUUCGUUCUCCAGAGCGACAGUGCCGAUCUCCGGCCAAUACCAGAGUUCCUGUUGGGUUGGCGGUGUGGUGUGUGCCGGCGCUACUCCCGAACAUAUGAGGCGCUGCAGCUGCAUCUCCUGGGCGUGCACGGCCGCUUCGACUUCUUCUUCAAGCACGUUGGUGGGCAACCUGCUAUCCUUGUCCGGCCGUCCGAGGCUGCGGCAUCUCCGUCAAGAGGAGCCUCGCGCCUUGCCUCCCUUGAUCCCGGCGCCGAGUUUGUCUACUGGAAGCGCGACUGGCGCAGUCGGCGGGAUGCGUUCUACACUCAGCUGCGAAGACAGGCAACGAAGCGGCGGGCACAGCAACAAACGCGGCCUGAUACGGCGCCCCCUCGACAGAGCGAAGAAAUCGGAGAUGAGGAGGAGAGAAGGGCGAAGCGGCAGCGGAGCUCUCCCCUCGAACCUGAGGCACUGCGAGCGGGGAGCAAUACGGAAGGACCGACAGGGGCAGCGACAACAAUGCCGGGGCCCAGCAAAGAAAAGCACGGGCCUGGGGGGAUGAAUUUAAACGAUACUACAGUGGAGCGGCCGACCGAAAAGGGGGUGUGUGGUCACGGGGAAACGGCGGAGGGGCGAGUGCAAGACGCGGGCGAAGAGCGGGCGCACUGCAUGGAGGCCGCACGGCCGCCAGACACGCCGCCCCCGCAGGCAGAGCUGGCGGACCCGUGCCAGUCAGAGGGGCAGGAUUUACCUCCCGCAGUCGAUGCCAACGAACAGAACGAGGGGGGUGAGGCGAGGGCAUGGCAACAUCUGGGGGAGUCUUUGGAGCUGCAGCGGUGCGGGUCAGAGCCGGCGCCUGUUGGGAGGUCCGCCUCUGUCGGGCCGGCGUCGUCGGCAGGGGACUCGGGGGCGGCGCUUUUGCCGUGGACGAUGCGGAGCGGGGAGCGGGGGACAGCGGGCGGGGCCGCGGGGGGUAGUGGCAGGGGGGACACGAAGCUGGCGGUAGCCAAGAAGAAGGGGGGCAGCAAGGCGAGGCGGAAACCGAUGGACCACGACAGAAACAUGGAGAGCCUGACGAAGCGGACGUUUUACCAUUCAAGGACGGGCAUGCCCAUGGACCUGGACGACGUGCUGAGCGGGCUGGACAGCGAGGACGACCUCGACGAGGACGAGCUGCAGCACGACGACAAGCAGAUGCUCGAUGACUUCAGUGACGUCAGCACCGAAGAGAAGUUCUUGAUGCACCAGUGGAACUGCUUCGCCCGCCAGCAGAGGAUUGCUGCAGAUGCGCACAUGCCGUGGGCGAGCCGCGCUUUUGCGGCAGUGCACAAGGGCACCAUCGGCGGAGAUCCGGGCCUCAGGAGGGUAUUCAUGCUGAUGCUCGUCAAGUUCUGGAACUGCGCACUGAUCAGCGCAGAGGACGUCGACGACUGCCUCAAAGUGGUUGACUCGGCAUGUGAAGGAUAGUCUCCGAUGUAACGCCUUACUCUGAGAUCGAGCAGGGCGCCUGCUAAACUCUUGGCAUGAAAUGCCGGAUAUUAUGCUCAACAUGCUAUGUUAAGAAAGCCCCUUUCUGCCAUUACCAUCUGGGAUUGCCACAGUGAUUAUGCACAAAUUGGGCUACGUAGUAUGAGUCCUAGUGAGACAGCAGCCAAUUGAUCCUUUCUACUCGGAAACGUAUCCUUCCACAAGCCGCC